GAACUAUUGUGCGGUUUUUUAACACUGUUGUGUGGUUUCACAAAAGUUAUUGAAAAAUUAGUUUAAUUAAGCUUUAAAGUGAAUAAAACAUCAUUGAAAGUUCAUCCUAUAUGUUAUCAAUUUUGUCGCUGAUAAUGAAUUCGAAGUUGGUUUUCCCCCUCAUAACUGGCGCAAUCACAAUUCUAGUGACCGUUCUUCUGUAUAAAGUAUUCAAAGCAAAGCAAGUACAUAGAGAGGAUGAAGAGGAGGAGGAGGAACAUACUGAACAACAACAAGCUGAAAAGCGUGAGAAGCAGUCAGGACCUUUAAAAACCCUCGUCGAUCCAAACGAGAAAUAUUUGUUGCCACUUAUUGAAAAGGAAGAAAUUUCUCAUGACACAAGAAAAUUCCGCUUUGGCUUGCCAUCACCUGAUCAUAUUUUUGGCCUUCCAAUCGGUCAACAUAUUCACUUAUCAGCUACAAUUGGCAACGAACUUACUAUCAGAUCGUACACACCUGUCUCAAGUGAUGAUGAUAAAGGAUUUGUUGAUUUAGUUGUUAAAGUUUAUCAUCGUAAUGUGAAUCCAAAGUUCCCCGAAGGAGGUAAAAUGACGCAGUACCUCGAUGAGAUGAAAAUUGGCGAUACAAUUGCUUUCCGUGGACCUUCUGGAAAGUUGCAGUAUCUUGGUAAUGGAAAGUUCGCAAUUAAGAAGCUCCGUAAGGAUCCACCACAUGUCAUAAAUGUAAAGAAGGUCAACAUGAUUGCUGGAGGCUCUGGAAUCACCCCAAUGCUUCAGCUCAUCACAGAAGUGCUCAAAAAGCCUGAAGAUAACACUCAAUUAGCUCUCCUUUACGCUAAUCAAACCGAAACUGAUAUUUUACUGCGAGAUGAUAUCGACGUUCUAGCCGCUAAGCAUCAAGAGAACUUUAAAGUCUGGUAUACAGUUGAUCGUGCUUCAUCAACAUGGAAGUUCGAUACUGGAUUUGUUAAUGAUACCAUGAUUCAAAAUAAUCUAUUUGCGCCAUCAGAAGACACACUUACUCUCAUGUGCGGUCCACCACCAAUGGUUAAUUUCGCAUGCUUGCCAAAUCUUGAUAAACUUGGCUAUGAUAAGGAAUUGAACUUUGCUUACUAAAAAUAAUUAAAUCAACAUUUCUCUUUUCUCCGUUACAUUGUAUAUAAAUGUCUACGUGCUAUGCUGGGAGUAGUCGCUCAAAAAGUACGUAUAAAGUUGAAAAUUUGAAAGACAUUUUGCAUCAAUUAUGCCUUAAUAGCCGUGCAUUUAGUAUUAGUUGAAUUUUUUUCCAUUCUAGAUGAGAUUAAAGAUUUUUUUUUUGUUCUGAUUUAGAAAUUUGUUAUUAGGGAUUGGAAUUGGAAGCUGUUGGAUAUGAGAUCAAUGGAUACACUGGUCCAUGGUUUAAGAAAUUGUCGUAAUUGUUGCAUUUUGCAAAAUUUAAACUUAAUUUUUUCAUUUGAUAAGAAUGCGAUCAGUACAGACGAUUUUGGAUAGUUGAGGCUUAUUCUUUGAAAAUUAUGUGCAAUAUUGCUGUACUUUGUAGUGAUUCAAUAUCUCCGGAAGUCGCAAACUGUCAUAUUCUGCACGAUAGUGCUGAAACAAUCGCUCAGCAGCUUCCAAUUCGACACAAAAACAUGAAAUAAUUGAAGUAUUAGUUGAGCAAAACUUUCCAUCCUUCUCCAAAAAGAACUAAACAUUUCGAAUUUACUAUUUUACCUUUUUUUGCAUGACAGAAGCGAAGCAUAUGAAAAUAAUACUUAAAUUCUCUAUCAUGAUGAUAAAUAUUUUUAUGAUUUUGGGGGGAAAUUUGAAAUAAAAUAGAUCAAGCUUAAUGUUUAU